GUUGUAGGCAAAUAUCGAACCAGAUCAUGUGAGCGAAUCUUCCUAAUUGGAAAUGUGCGGAAAGAGAAUUUCAGCAAGUCCUCGAACUCUUGACGUGUAUUGCGCUACACUUCUCCAUUCGUAUCUCUUGUUGAUACGAAACUUGGCGACAUCCACACCUCCAGCUCCAUUUAAUCAAUCUAUCUAUUUAUUUAUCCCGCUAGCGAGCAUGUGAAAGGAUCACCCGCGUAGUCUUCCCCGACAUGUGCCAUUUACCCCAUUUCACCCCACAAAAGGUCCAAUUUGCCUGCUGUAGGAAUGGAGUCUUGGAUGGCCAUUUGCGGAUUAUUCGCCGCGGUCGUUAACAUGAUACUAGACGUCGCUCAAUUUUGGAAAGAAAGGUUACUAUCAUGGUGGAGAUCGAAAUCUCCACGAAACAGAUUGCGACAUCGUCUUGCGAACGCCCAAACGUAUGAAGAAUGGGAGGAAGCGGCUUUCGAGUUGGAUGAGCUUCUGAGUAUGGAUCUGUGGCGCCAAAACCCAACAAGUCGUCAUUAUGAUUAUCGACUCAUCCUGGGUAGACUAGAGGCUUUGAUGAGCGCCCGAGAGGAUGAGGAUGUCCUGACCCUGGUCAACCUCCUUCGAUCUGGGCUUGUUCGCAACUUAGGCAACAUCACCUCUCCUAGACUGUCUCUCCACGCCUAUGCCGGGACGAAGCUCCUAAUAGACGAUUAUAUUACCCAGGUUGCUCUUUCUAUCCAGCAUGUGACAGCUCUACAAACAGCCACAGUUUCUGAUGGUAGGUUUGACUCUCAAGCGAAGUUGGAGCUUCUGCACGAUACCCGUCAGGCCUUUGGCAGAACAACACUACUUCUCCAAGGCGGGUCGAUCUUCGGGCUAUGCCAUUUGGGCGUGGUGAAAGCCUUGCAUCUCCAAGGUCUCUUGCCUAGGAUCAUCACAGGGACCGCUACUGGGGCACUCAUUGCAGCCCUCGUUGGCGUCCAUACAGAAGAUGAAUUGUUGACUUUCCUUAAUGGUGAUGGUAUUGAUUUAACUGCCUUUGAUCGACAACGGAAGAUGAGAUUCGACGCUGGAAAUAACCAGUGGCUACCAUAUGCUUCGGGGAACAGCUGGCUGCGGACCUUACUUCGGCGGGUUAAACGGUAUAUUCAGAAAGGCUACUUUCUCGAUGCUGAGGUCCUUGAAGAAUGUGUGCGGGCAAAUCUUGGUGACCUGACUUUUGAAGAAGCAUACGCGCGAUCGAAACGCAUCCUCAAUAUUACAGUUGCGACGUCAGACAAGGGCGGUACCCCCAACCUUCUGAAUUACUUGACCGCACCGAAUGUGUUGAUCUGGUCGGCCGCAGUAGCUUCAAACGCCUCUUCCAAUUCUCUUUAUAAGCCUGUCCCAAUCUACUGUAAAGAUGAAACCGGCUCAAUUGUCCCAUGGGGACUUUCGCGACAUGCUUCCGCCCAGUCGAGACGUCGCACGGAGUACACAGAGGGAGAAUCGCCGCUAUCCCGUAUUGCUGAGCUGUUCAAUGUGAAUCACUUCAUAGUUUCGCAAGCUCGGCCAUAUCUCGUACCCUUCCUCCGGUCUGAUGUGAACCUUCUAGAUCGUCGUCCAACAGGCCAGUGGAGUAUCACUCGAUCAACGAUGCGCUUGGUUGCUGCUGAGAUCCGCCACCGACUGAGACAGCUCGAUUAUGUUGGUUUUCUGCCCCAAGCGCUUGCCCGACUACUCAUCGAGGAGACCAUUCCCGGCCCCAAUCUCACUCUGGUUCCUGAUCUCUCGUUGAAGGACUUUACCAAAUUAUUCCAGAACCCAGACAAGGAGAGUCUCGCUCAUUGGAUCCUGAAGGGCGAGAGAGGUACGUGGCCUGCAAUCAGUGCCUUGAAGGUUCGCUGUGUCAUCGAAAUCGAACUGGACAAGGGCUACCAAGUCGUUCGCCGGCGACGACCAGCCGGGAACCAGUCUUCCUCUGUGCAGCAUACUUCAGCUCAGCGUCGAAUACCCAAUGAGGGAAUCCCGAGAAAAUGGAGAGGUUGCGCUAUUGAUCACGAAAGAGAUAUGGCAGGGUUAUUGGGAAAUUUUGAUCAUCAGCAGGAUGGUGCCAAUUUGUGACAAAUUCUGCAUCAAGCUAAUCUACCUGUCUGUAUAUUCUUUGCGUCUUUGUCUAAGAAAGAACGGAGAAACAUACUUGGUUGACGAUAUGUGUGCUAUUGAGAGGAAGAGUUUUCUUAUGAAAGUCAAAGAAUUAUCAUUUCAUACCUGACCCUCUGUAGCAUAGUUAGAUGCCUGGUGAAUUCCGUGAGUUUGAAGAAAUUUUCAGUUUUUCUCCAGUCCAAGCCCCUUCCUCUCUGCUAAUCUUGAUCUUACUCAGCAUACAUGACCUGCAACCUGCUUCUUCUAGCAUAAGCACCCAGCUUCAGUGGUAAAAAAAAAAAGAGAAAAGACGGUCAGCAUGACCGUACUGUUUA